CGCCCGUGCGGGGGCGCCUGGGAGACCCCGCGCCGGGCGCCGCUCAGGCCUCACGUUGACAUGGAUGAUGAAGACGGCCGGUGCCUGUUAGAUGUCAUCUGCGAUCCGCAGGCCCUGAACGAUUUCUUACAUGGAUCCGAGAAGAUUGACAGUGAUGAUCUCCUGGACAACUCAGGAGAUGCUGCCAGCGCCUUCUUUGAAGGUGCUGGGCUCCACGGGCAGGAGGCCCCGGGGAACCCUCUGAGCGCCGAGCCGAGCCAGCCACCGGCCAGCGUGGACCUGGACUUCCUGGAGGAUGACAUCCUGGGCUCGCCGGCCGGCGCCGGCGCGGGCGCCGAGCAGCCGUGCGACAUCCUCCAGCAGAGCCUGCAGGAGGCCAACAUCACCGAGCAGACGCUGGAGGCCGAGGCCGAGCUGGACCUGGGCUCCUUCCAGCUGCCGGCGCUGCAGCCGGUGGUGCAGGCGGCCGACGGAACCCCGCAGAUCUUCUCGGGCGGCGCCGACCUGCUGGGGCUGCAGCCGCCGGCCGUGCUGGCGCCCCAGGCCCUGGUGCAGCCGCCCGUGGGCGCCGACGUGGUCAACAAGGCCAUCAGCGUGCAGCCCUUCCUGCAGCAGGUGGGGCUGGGCAACGUCACCAUCCAGCCGCUGCCCAACCUGCCCGGGCUGCCCAACGGCAGCCCCGGCGGCGCGCUGGGGCUGGGCCCCAUCCAGGUGGUGGGCCAGCAGGUGAUGGCCAUCAACCAGCCCGCGGCGCAGCAGCUGCUGGCCAAGCCGGCGCCCGUGGCGGCCGUGGGCGGCUACAUCGCCCAGCCUGAGGCGGCCGCGGCCCAGGGCGCCGGCCUGGUCAUCCAGAAGAGCCUCCCGGCCGUGGCCACCACCACGCUCAACGGCAGCUCCGUGUUCGGCGGCGUCUCGGCGGCGUCGGCGCAGCCGCUCACCGUCACCUCGGGCCUGGGCGGCUCCCUGGUGCCGGCGCCCAACGUCAUCAUCCACCGCACGCCCACGCCCAUCCAGCCCAAGCCCGCCGGCGUCCUGCAGCAGAAGCUCUACCAGAUCACGCCCAAGCCUUUCGCGCCCGGCGGGGCCCUGGCGCUGCCCGGCGAGGCUCCGGCCAAGGCGCAGCAGAACCUGACCUUCAUGGCCGGCAAGGCCGCGCCCAACGUGGUGCUCCAGGGCUUCCCCCCCAACGUCUUCAAGCCGCCGCCGCCGCAGCCGCCGGCACUGGGCAAGUCCAUGAGCGUGCACGUGCUCAACCAGGGCGGCUCUAUCGUCAUCCCGGCGCAGCCCUUCCAGGGCCAGAACCAGUUCCUGCUGCCCGGCCAGCUGGCCGGAGCCUCGGCCGUGCCGCUGCCGCAGCCGCUCUCGGCGCUGCCGGCCAACGUGGGCGGGCAGCUGCUGCCGGGCGCCGGCCAGACGCACAUCAUCACGGGCCAGGGCCCCGGCGCCCAGCUGCUGGCCAACCCCGCGCUGCCGGCGCAGCUGCUCAACCAGAACCUGGCGGGGCAGCUGAACCUGGGCCCGGUGCUGGCGUCGCCGGGCGCGCGGGGCACGGCGCACAUCCUGUCGGCGCCCAUCCAGCUGCAGCCGGGCCAGGUGGCUCCGCCGGCGCUGUUCCAGAUGCCCGUGUCGCUGGCCGGGCCCCCCCAGAACCCCGGCUCGGCCGCGGCGCCGGCGCCCACGGUGAUCCAGGGCGUGACGCUGCCAGCCCGGGUGGCGAUGCUCAACGCCGGAGACGGGCUCGGCGCCGCCGUGGGGCAUCCAGGCGGGCGCCGCCGGCAGCCCCAACCCCGGCGCCGAUCCCGGGGCCGGGAGCCGCGCAGCCCCCGGCGGCUCCGGCGCCGAUCCCCGGCCGGGAGCGCCCAGCCCAGCCCGGGAAUGGCUGCGAGCCCCGAGAAAAUCCUGCUGGGAGCGGCGGCGCCGGUGCUGGGCCAGGAGGCCGUGCCCAUGUUCCUGCAGCAGGUGCCCCAGGGGCUGGCUCCUGCAGCCGAAGCCGCCUCCGUCCAGCCCGGCCCCGUUCCCGGCUCCGGCCGCUUCCGUCCUGGUGCCGGCGGCUCCGGGAACGCCGGGCCCGGCCCCUCGGAGCCAGCGCCGGCAGCGCCGCCGCCACAGGUGCCGCCGCCCCGGCCGAGGCCAAGCCCUUCUCCAGCGUUCCCACCCCCUAUUCCCGCCGGGAAAGGGGCCCCGGCUCCCGGGAAGUCGGGGGCUCCUCUCCCGCCCCCGCAGCCCGGCCAGGUGAAGCCAGGCGGGAUCAAGGGCCCCCCCCAGACCCCGGGGGGUGGGAAGGGCCCCAGGCCCCGCCCACGCUGGAGGGGAAGCUGGCGCCCUCCUGAGCAGCUGCACAAGCACCAGGGCGCGGUGCUGCACCCGGAAUUCCGGACCCCCUUCCGCUCCGUGAGCGACGCCCUGCGCCGGCUGCUGCCCUACCACGUGUACCAGGGGAUGCUCCCGGCCGAGCCCGAGUGCCGGAGGGUGGACGAGGAGUUCGCGGUGUCGGAGCAGCUCCUGCGCCGCACGCGGGCGAUGCUCAACAAGUACCGGCUGCUGCUGCUCGAGGAGUCGCGGGUGAGCCCUGCCGCCGAGAUGGUGAUGAUCGACCGCAUCUUCAUCCAGGAGGAGAAGACGGCGCUGGCGCUCGACCGGCAGCUGGCCCGGGACAAGCCCGACGAAUACGUCUCCUCCUCCUCCUCCUCCUCCCGCUCCCAUCCCCUCUCCUCCUCCUCUCCUCCUCCUCCUCCUCCUCCUCCUCGCUGCCCCUCCCCCAGCCCUCCCCCGCCCCUCCCGCGCCCGCGCCCCGCCCCUCCCCCGCCGCCCCCGAAGCUGCUGAUCAAGCACGGGGGCCGCUCCCCGUCCGUCACCUGGCUCGGGGAGCCGCGGGACCCCCCCCGGGAGCCGCCGCGGGGACCCCCAUUCCCGAGGGGACCCCCAUUCCCGGGGGACCCCCAUUCCCGGGGGGAGCCGCCGCGGGACGAGGACGCGCUGCCGUCGCGGAGCCGCCCCCCGAUGAAGACGUACGAGGCGCGGAGCCGCAUCGGGCUCAAGCUGAAGAUCAAGCAGGAGGCGGGGCUGAGCAAGGUGAUCCACAACACGGCGCUGGAUCCGCCGGGAAUGCCGCCGGGAAUGCCGCCGGGAGCGCCGCCGCCCGCCGCCGCAGCAGCAGCAGCAGCAGCUGAACGGCUCCCUGGAGAAGAAGCCGCCGCCCGGCGCCGCUCCGUGCCGGCUGCCGCUGCGCAAAACCUACCGGGAGCACCGCGAGAGCCCCGAGAGCCGCGAGCCCGCGCGCUCCGAGCGGCGCCCGGUGAUCACGGCGCUGCGCAGGGAGCCGGGAGCCGCGCCCCGGCUCCGCGGGAAGGGCGCGCCCGAGGAGCCGUCGGACGGCGAGGACGAGGAGGACGAGGAAGGCGCCGGGGCCCGGGCGAGCCGCCGGAGCUGGAGCCGCCCUGGGCCGCGCUGGGCCCGGCCGGGAAGCGGCGCAAGGCGGAACCGCUGGAAGUGGACAACGCGUCCUUCUCCAGCGACAGCCCCCAGGACGAUUCCCUGAGCGAGCACCUGCAGAGCGCCAUCGACAGCAUCCUGAACCUGCAGCAGCCGCGCAACCCCCCGGCGCCGCCCUUCCCGGCCGCGGCCCGGCGCUCCGAGCCCCUCCUGCCCCCCCCCAGCCACAACGGCGGCCUCGGCGCCGCCCGGACGUGCACGAGAUGACGGGGGGGGACGGCGGGACCGGCACCGGGACCGGGAGUGCGCGAGCGGAGCUUCCCCGGGAGCGGGAGAGCGGCGGGAAGGGCGCGGGAGCUCGCCCGGGAUGGGGGAGAGGAGCGGGAAAAUUCGGGAGCGGAGCCCCCCGGGACUGGGGGAGGAGCGGGGUCGGAGCCUCCUGGGAUGGAGGAGAGAGGAUGGGGAGAAUUCGGGAAUGCGGGAGCGGACCGGGAUCGGAGCCUCCCGGCAUGGAGGAGGAGAGGAUCGGGAAAUGCGGGAACGGCCCCGGGAGCGGAGACCCCGGCAGUGGGAGAGGAAAAUUCGGGAAGGACGCGGGAGCUCGCCCGGGACUGGGGAGAGGAGCGGGAAAUUCGGGAAUGCGGGAGCUCCCCCGGGAUCGGAGCCCGCCGGGAUCGGGAGAGGAUCGGGAAUGCGGAGACUCUGCGCGAUCCGGGAGAGCCCCGGGGGAUCCCGGCGGGAACAGCCCCGGAUCCGUCGGGAUCGGGGUGGGAGCUGGGAACGGCCCGGGUCGGCUCCACCCGGGAUCGGGAUGGGAAUGAGAAGCCCAAAUCCAUCGGGAUCGGGCUGGGAGAGGGGGAAAAGCCCGGCCUGGCUCUGCCCGGGACCCGGCUGGGAUUGGGGUGGGGACGGGAAGAGCUUGGGACGAUCCCGAAUCCCUCGGACGCCGCCGGACUGGGAGCAGGAGCCGUCGCUUCCCCGCAUCCUGCCCCGUUUUUCCCCCAAAACGGAUUUUUUUUGAGAUCUAACCCAGGCCAAGGGCGGAAUUCCCGCCCCAAAUCCCCCCCCGGAACCAAACUUCCAUGGGUAAUUCUGGAUUCAUGGAGCGGCUUCUUCACCUCCCUCCCCCCCCCCCCCGCCUCCACCACCAAUUUCACCCCAAAAAUUCCCCAAGAAGCGGCAAAAUCCCAAAUUUAUCCCGAAUUUCCACCUUUUUUUUAACUCAUUCCAGAGAUUUUUAAACCUGCCCCCCUCAAGCCCCAUCCCAGAAAUUCCCCCAGAGGGGCAAAAUUCCACAUCUCCCCCCCCCCCCCCCCUUUUUUUUUUAACUAAUUCCGGAGAUUUUGGGGUCUUCCCAAAAAAAAAAAAAAGGCCAAAAAAAGGGGCCAAAUUCCAAACUUAUCCCGGAUUUCCACCUUUUGUUUGUUUGUUGAAUUCUGGAGAUUUUUGGACCCUCCCCAAACCCCGCCCUAAAAAUUCCCAAACUUGGGGUGAAAUUCCAAAAUUUCAGCCUUUUUUUAAACCAAUUCCGGAGAUUUUGGGGUGAAAAAAAAAAAAAAAGCAGGAAACCCCAAUUCCUUUAAAAACUUGGGAGUUUUCCAGCGAGUUCCCCCUGGAGCGGCGGACCCGGCUGGGAACGGGGGGGCUCCGAUCCCGCUUCCCCCUCUCCCACCCCAAAUCCUCCAUUUCAACCGCAAAAAUCCCAAUUUCCGAUGGGAAAACGGGAAUUUCUUGCUGCCGUCGCCUCGUUCUCCCCCAAAAUUCCACGGUUUUGGGGGGAAAACGCUGCCUUGGGCCCCGCCCCCGCUCCGCCUUUUUCCCGUUUUCCCUCUUUUUCUGCCCAUCCCCUCGUUUUUUCUCCCGUUUUCCCCUCUGUUUGAAGGGGUUAUUCCCGAUUCCCGCAGCCUCUGGAUCCGAUCCCGGCAUUUGGGAGGCGGGAACGGGGAAUUCCGGGCGGGACCCGCCGCAGAUUUCCGGGGAUUUUUCCAGAUUUUCUUUGGAAUUUUGGUCACUUUUCCCCUGGAAACCGCGCGGGAUCCCCUCGGGGGGGUGGGGAGGAGCCCCCGAAUCCCGAUAAUUCCCCCCGAAUCCCGAUAAUUUCCCCCGAAUCCCGGUUUUCCGGCGUGGGAGGGAUUGCAGAGCCGUUCCCGGCUGGAAUUCCGGGCUGGGAAUGCGCCAGAGGAGCCGCCCCGGGGCGGCCCCCGCAGCGCUCGGAGUCGUUUU